AUGCAGAAUCCAAAGGCCGUUGCUGCACAACUAGAAGAAUGCGUGCAAGGGUUGGACCAGCUCUGGCUGGAGACCCGGGACGUGUCACAGGAGGACCAGAGCAAACAACAGGGGUGGCAAGCUUUGCUCCCCGGCGAAUUACAGAGCCUGGUUCAGGAGGCCAAGGAGAUGCGGUGGCCCUUCGUGCCUGAGAAGUGUCAGUACAAGCAGGCCGUGGACCCAGAGGACAAAACCAACCUGCAGGACGUGGUCAGGGUCGGCCUGCCGCACUUACUGGCAGCCCUGAAAGCCAGCAUCAAGGCUGGGGACAGCGUCACCGCAGCCGCCAUCGUGUUCCUGAGUGACCGUUUUCUGUACGGGCUGGACCUGUCGGCACCACUGCUGCGGGUGGCGAGGGGCCUGCACCGGUGGCGACCAGCCACCCCCAUCGCCCCCCAGGUGGUCAUCCGUCAGGCCCGGCUGGCUGCGCACGCAGGGAAGCUUCUGAAGGCAGAGUACAUCCUGAGCAGCCUCAUCAGCCGCGCGGGAGCCACAGGUACCUGGCAGUACAGACACGAGAGUGACAGGGUCCUGGUGCAGUCGGUGUGCAUUCAGAUCAGAGGGCAGAUUCUGCAGAAGCUGGGAAUGUGGUACGAAGCAGCGGAGUUAAUCUGGGCCUCCAUCAUAGGCUUCCUGAGUCUACCGCUGCCGGAUAAGAAGGGCAUCUCCAUGUCGCUCGGGAUCCUGGCCGACAUCUUUGUGUCCAUGAGCAAGAAGGACUACGAGAAGCUGAAGAACCAUCCGCAGAUUAACCUGGGUCUGCUGAAGGACUGGGACCAUCACCUGCUGUCCGCGGCUGAAGCCUGCAAGCUGGCGGCUGCCUUCAGUCCCUACACACCCCUCUUCGUGCUCUCGGCCAUGAAUAUCCGCGGUGCCUGCCUGCUGUCCUACAGCAGUACCCACGAAUGUCCUCCGGAGAAGCGCAGUCUGUACCUGGGCGAAGCCCGGGAGGCCUUCGGGAUCGGCCUGCUCACGAGGAGAGGCGACCGGGAGCCAGCCACUGGCAAACAGGAGCUGCACAGUUUCCUCAAAGCCGCGUUCGGGCUCACCACGGUACACCGGCGUCUGCACGGGGAGACCGAGAUGGUCCGUGCAGCAAGUGGGCUGUGCAGAGAAGCGCUGGAGAAGCUGCACGCGCUCAGCUCGGCCCCAGAGGGCCCGGGAGAGGCCCAGCUGGCAGGGGACAUCCUGGAGGCCGUCAGCCAGGUGCAGGAGCGUUGGCAGGUCCAGAGCUUCGCCAGUGCGGACAGCCGCUCCUACGUGCCAGAGAGUUUCCAGCGCGGCCUGGAGCAACUGGUGAUGCUCGAGCAAGUGGACUUCCAGGAAGUGCUCCACGCCCACGCGCAGCACCACGCGGCCGUGUGCCAAGUCGUCGGGCAUCCUUGUGGCCGCAGCGCAGAGGGACGGGGCGGAGCGUGCGUCACGGCUCUGGACACGGACACCAGCACCGUGGCGCCCGCGGGGACCCUGGAAGACCAGCCACCAUCUGGGAAAGGCCCGGGGGCUGCCGAAAGCGGGGCGCAACGGGUCCCCGAGCCCAGCCGCAGCGGGAGGGAGGUUCCGAGCAGCUCCUGGAGCACGCUGGACGAGCUCGGGUCCACCUCCAGCUGGGAAGAAGUGAGUCAUCCCGUGGAUGACCCGCCCACCCCGGAGGGGUCUGGCCCCAUGGGCAGGUCUGCGCUGCGGGAGAGUGGGGCACUCGGGGUCCAGCCCGAGUGGCCUUCCGAGCUGCUGGACCUGGAUGAGUCCUGGGCUCCCAUGGCAGAGGCCACGGCAGGCUCCAGAGAUGCGUCUGAGACCCCAAGGCCCUCCUGUGGGCCCGCAGCCCCCUGGGCUGCCGCAACAUCUGUCCCGCCCCAAGAACCCAAGUCUUCUUCCUUCGAAGAAGAGGAAACCUUUGAAAUCCUUGGAUGGACGAGGCCCGAGGUGCUGGCGGCGCGCACGCUGCAGCCUGAGGACGUGGUACAGCUCCUGGCGGGGGUGCAGCACGAGUGGCUGUGCCGGAGGCUGGCGAGGACCGGCGUGUUCCAGCCCUGCCAGCUCCACCGGGCGCACGAUGCUCUUCUGUUCAAAUAUUCCAAGAAAUCCGAAUUGUGGACAGCUCAGGAAACGGUUGUUUAUUUGGGGGACUACCUGAAUGUGAAGAAGGAAGGCAGACAAAGAAACGCUUUUUGGGUUUACCAUCUUCAUCAGGAAGAAACUCUGGGGAGGUAUGUUGGGAAAGAAUAUAAGGAGCAGAAAGGCCUUUGGAGCCACUUCUCCGACGUGGAGCGGCAGAUGACCGCACAGCACUACGUGACAGAGUUUAACAAGAGGCUUUAUGAACAGAAGAUCCCCACCCAGAUUUUCUACAUCCCGUCCACAGUAUUGCUGAUUUUGGAGGGCAAGACGAUAAAGGGGUGUAUCAGCGUGGAACCUUACAUACCAGGAGAAUUCGUGAAGUUGUCAAAUAAUACGACUGUCGUGAAGACAGAGCACAAAGCCACGGAAUAUGGUUUGGCUUAUGGCCAUUUUUCUUACGAGUUUUCCAACCACAAAGAGGUUGUGGUUGAUUUGCAAGGUUGGGUGACAGGAAAUGGAAAGGGACUCAUUUACCUCACAGAUCCCCAGAUUCACUCUGUGGAUCGGAAGGAUGUCUCGACCAACUUUGGAAAGAGGGGCAUCUCCUACUUCUUUAAUGACCAGCACGUGAAAUGUAACGAAAUAUGCCACAGGCUCGCUCUGACCAGACCAACCAUUGACAAACACCAUUAGCUCUGACCUCUGAGGUCAUGAGACAGACCCCUGGUGCAUCACCCAUGUGAUUCUCUGUUCUCUUAGACCCUGCGGGGCACCUCACAGCACAUGUGCUGGAAACCAGGCCCCGGGGAGCAUGGGCAGGGUCUGCGGACCAGUUCUGGCCAGUGAUUUGUGAGAGAAAUCAGCCACUCUCGCUUUAUUUUGUUGUUUGUGUAGAGCCAUACCUGGUGGUGCUCGUGGGUUACUCCUGGCUCUGUGUUCAGGGAUCACUCCAGGUGAUCUCAGGGGACCAUAAUGGGUGGCAAGGCUCAGUGUCGUUUAAGGCAAACACCCUCCCCACUGGAACAUCACUCUGGCCCCUAAGAGACCUUACAGAUUUGCUACCUUGACUGCAGCUACUAAGAAUAUAUCAGGAAGAGUCUGCUACUCAGCUUGAGUCCUGCAGCCACAGGACCAUGGAAGAGACCC